AAUAAUCCGCGGAAGGAAUGGAGUUCGACAAGAUCAUCCCCCACGUCGGAGGCUUCGGCCGUUGUCACAAAACGCUGGCCGCCCUCGCCUGCCUCCCCAACCUGCUGGUGGCUCUGAGUUUCUUCAGCAGCGUGUUUUUCACGCUCACUCCGGACCACCAUUGUCGGCCCGACCGGCAGCUCCUCCCCGAAAUACUAAGGAACGUGUCGGAAAUACAACUGCUCAACUACAGCUUGCCUCUGCCGACGGACGACGACGACGACGGCGAUGAUGGCGGCGGCGACGGGCAGGCCGCGGCCUGGAGCCGUUGCCGCCUCCUCCGUUAUGGCGCGAGCCAGCUGCUCCCCAACGGCAGCGUCGCGUGCACCCGGGGCUGGCACUUCGAGCCGUCCGCCGGCCUGCAGACCAACGUCGUCGUGCAGUGGAAUUUGGUUUGCAAAAACUACUGGAAAAUUCCCUUGGAGCAAGUGGGCUACUCCAUUGGAUGGACUGUUGGAUUCUUGACCCUUGGAACUGUUGUAGAUGGACUGGGCCGUCGAAAUACAUUCAUUCUUUCUGUAGUUGGAGUAAUUAUUCUGCACGUUGGAAUCUCAGUCUCUGUGGAUUUCAUCAUGUUUCUUGUAUUUCGAAUGUUCAGUGGGAUAGCAUUGGCAGGACUCUUCCUGUCUGCAUAUGUUGCAAGGUUGGAAAUGUGUGACCCGCCACACCGACUGGUGAUCAUGAUAACUGCAUCGAUCUGCACAGUGGUUGGAGAGAUGCUGCUGCCAGGUUUAGCUGAACUAUGCAGAAACUGGAGAAUUUUGCAAGGUGUUGUCACUACCCCUUUCCUAAUACUACUCAUCUAUUGGUGCAUUCCAUCCAUGUUCCCAGAAUCGCCACGUUGGCUCCUUGCAACCAGACAGAUUGGGAAGUGUAAGCAAAUACUACAAGGCAUAGCAAUUGGUAAUGGUGUCAAUGUGGAAGAUGAAUUAUACACCCAAUGCAAUUUGUUUAAUGAGACGAAUUCUGUGUUUGAAAAGCCUACACAAUUUCGUUCAUAUACAUUUUGUGAUAUGACCACUGCACGAACUACUUGGAAGAACAUCUUGAUAUUAGGAUUCACCACGUUCAUUGGCAAUGGAAUUCAACAUUGCUUUUCCCAAAAUCUUGUUGGUUAUAGCCCCAAGUUCUACUUGAAGUAUUUUGUCAUUGCUGGUGCUGAAGGUGUAGCCCUGUUUUUCCUAUAUUUUACUGUGAACAAGUUUGGGCGACGUGGCAUUCUGCUCUUCUCGACAAUCUUCACUGGGUUGUCAUCGUUAUUAUUGCUUGCUCUUAUACAGUAUUUGCAUAAAGGUGUUCAUCUGACUCUUUCCAUCCUGGGCCUUGUUUCAGCUUGUUCCGUUAGUAUAUUGAGCAUAUUUUUUGCCAGUGAGGUUGUCCCAACAGUUGUUAGAGGUGCCACUUUAGGCCUCAUCAUGGCAACAGGUUGCAUUGGCAAAGCAACAUCCCCAAUCAUGGAUCUCCAUAAUAAACAUGGCUACUUUCUUCAUCAUGUAGUUUUUGCCUCUUUUGCUGUCCUCUCAGUGUUGUGCAUCAUGUUGCUUCCAGAAAGCAAACGGAAACCACUGCCAGAUUCUAUAAAAGAUGGUGAAAAUCAGAGACGUCCUCCGAUGCUAUUGUUCAGAAACAAGGAUAGAGUUCCUUUGCUGCAUUCAAAACAGAAUGGCGAUUAUAAUCCGGAAAGCUAUUCCAAGCUUGUUACAUCUACUAAGAAAGUGUUGGCCAAUAACAUUCCUAUUCAGUCACAAGAUCCCACAAGAGGAAGUGUGAUCAAGAAGACCCAAGAAUCAGCAAUCUAGCCAGUCUUCAGGGUACAUGAGGAAAUAUAAAAAAUACUCUUGCUGUUUCAUAUUCUGCACCACAGUAACCAGUAUUUUAUCAAUUGCUGCAUUUGUAUGUUCUAAGAUCUGAUUGGGAUAGUUUUGCAAACUGUUUAACAUGGUUACUUUCCUCUGAAGUUUAAUUUUCAAGCACAAGUAUAGUUUCAAAAGAUGUAUAAUUAUGUUGAUAGAUUGUAAAUUGAGAUUUGGGGUUAAUAGCAUAAAUAUUGAAUGCAUUUUGAGUUAUGUACAUCAGUAGUCAAUUAUGAAAAAAACCAUGUUUGUGCCAUAUUGCUUUUUGCAAAUAUUUACAAUGCAGUUUUGAUUAUUGCUCUUUUUUUUCUCUAGUCUACCUAGUCAUAAAAUUUAUUUUAUAUCAA